AGGAUGGUGAUUGGUGGAGCUCUACGGGCUCUUUUGAUUAGCGCUCGGAGCCUGCGAAGUGAGGAGGUGGUGGAUCUGGCUGCACCGAGAUCCUGGGAAAGCGAAAUGGAGGGGUGUGUGUCUAACCUAAUGAUCUGCAACCUGGCCUACAGCGGGAAGCUGGAGGAGUUAAAGGAGAGGAUCCUGGCGGAUAAGUCCCUGGCCACUAGGACUGACCAGGACAGCAGGACAGCGUUGCAUUGGGCAUGCUCAGCUGGACAUACAGAAAUUGUUGAAUUCUUGCUGCAACUUGGAGUGCCAGUGAAUGAUAAAGAUGAUGCAGGUUGGUCUCCUCUUCAUAUUGCUGCUUCCGCUGGCCGAGAUGAGAUUGUCAAAGCCCUUCUGGGAAAAGGUGCUCAAGUGAAUGCUGUCAAUCAAAAUGGCUGUACUCCCCUACAUUAUGCAGCUUCCAAAAACAGGCAUGAGAUUGCUGUCAUGUUACUGGAAGGUGGAGCUAAUCCAGACGCUAAGGACCAUUAUGAGGCCACAGCAAUGCACCGCGCAGCAGCCAAGGGUAACUUGAAGAUGAUUCAUAUUCUUCUGUACUACAAAGCUUCCACAAACAUCCAAGACACUGAGGGUAACACUCCUCUACACUUAGCCUGUGAUGAAGAGAGAGUGGAAGAAGCAAAAUUGCUGGUGUCCCAAGGAGCAAGCAUUUACAUUGAGAAUAAAGAAGAAAAAACACCCCUGCAAGUGGCCAAAGGUGGGCUGGGUUUAAUACUCAAGAGAAUGGUGGAAAGCUAAGCAGCUUGGAUUUAGUCUUACUUUGUUUUGUGGCUGUCCCCUAAUGUACUGGUAACUAAUGUACUUGUGCAUAAGACAUCAUCUAUGAAUGAUGAAGUUUUUUCACCUCCCAAGUCUUGUAAACAUGUUUACUAUUGUUCCUGCUGAGUUAUUUGUUCUUAGCUUACAACUUGCUUUCCAGGCAUUGAACAACUGUUGACAUUGUUCUACUCUAAUAUAUUAUUCUGUAUUGAA